UUCUGCUUGCAAAUGAUUUGUAUCACUUUCCUUUAACUUCUCUUCGCCAAUUUCCAAUUGCUGCCGCUGUGCGUGUGGCAUCUUUUUCGCUCAUUAUCUUGCGGUCUACUUUAAUAGGAUUCUUUGUGCAAUAUUCAAAUUAUCGAUCCAGUCAUGAAAUUCUUUAGUGUAAUAUUACCAGGGCUGUUAGCUACAUAUGUCAGUGCUGUUCCGGUGGUAUAUACAGGAAGUAUAUACGACGUGCCAGAAGGUGUAAGCAUUGAGGAGCUGGUGGCCAGAGGCGAGACCAACUUGGUGCUGAGGGAGGCGGACAACGCCGAUGCCGAGUUUACUGCGAACGACUUCCUGGAUUCCGGCUGUAAAGACGUCGUGCUAGUAUAUGCAAGAGGGAGCACCCAAGACGGGAACUUGGGCGACCAGCCAGGACCUCAACUGGCCGCGUCCUUACAGGAUGCUUUGGGUGCUGAUCGUGUCGCAGUCCAGGGUAUUGAUUACCCGGCAGGUCUUGUGCAGAAUCUGAUUCCAGGCGGUACCGACCCCGACAGCGCCGAGGACGGAGCCGCGCUGAUUACGAAUAUAUCUGCUACAUGUCCAGAGUCACGCAUUGUGGUUUCAGGCUAUAGCCAAGGUGCUGCCUUGAUCCACAGAGCUAUGGAGCAGAUCGAGGACUCGUCUGUCCUGAGUCAAAUCGCUGCUGCGGUCACUUUCGGGGACACACAGAAGGACCAGGACGAUGACCAGGUCCCUAAUGUUGAUCCGGCAACAACACUUAUUCUUUGCAAUGAUGGAGACAAAGUCUGCGAUGGGACGUUGAUCGUCACGCGCGCGCAUCUGGACUAUACGGGCAAGGUACAGCAAGCAAGCAGCUUCGUUACUGGCCUUAUUCAGUAGGGGCGCCACAACGGCGCAGUUCUGGUUGGAGUUUGGAAAUUGAAGUCGGCAGUAUGAAUAUGGGAAUAUCUACUAUAAACCCUCUUAUUGUUUUUACUUA